AAAAGAGAGAGGUCUGCUGGCUGACUGUCCUCUCCGGGGGGAUCGACAGAUAGGCUAGCCCUCCAACCUGGGAAUUCUCUCUUCCUGCCAAACGUUUGUUGUUCAUCUUGCAGGAUUUUGGGGAAAAGAAGACAAGAGUCGGAUAUACCUUUCAUGACAGACUGACAUUUUUUGGUAGCAUUUGUCUGCUUUUUUGUCCCGCUGAAAGUGGUAUUUCAGUUCGGAUACUGAGAGGACGUGAGAAGAAAUACAUGUUCCCAGAAUACAGCUAACCAGGUUUAAGUUUUAGCCCUAGGGACAACCUAGGGAGACGGACAAGGGGAAAGCCAAUCAGAAGUGGCUGAGGCCAUCCCUCCUGACAGACCAUGGGAGAUAGGUCUGGGAGAAAACUAGCUGCUGCAAAGAGACAGACCCAGCUACUGGUGGUGAAGGGUCUGGAGGAUGUAGAGGUGUGUGAGAGCGAGGGUUGCUCCUUCGAGGUGACCCUCAACCUGUCCUACAUAGAUGGCACGUGGACCAAGGACGGGGUCAAGCUCAAGUCCAAGCCUGCCUGUCGCAUCACUGCCCAUCGGAAUAAACACACUCUCACCUUCACCCGGGUCACCGUAGGAGACACUGGCCUGUUAUCCUUCCAGACUGAUGGUGCCCAAAGCUGUAUUCAAACCUCAGGUCAACUCAUUGUCAUAGCCAGAGACAUCCAGAUCCUAAAGGAAUUGGAGGACGAGGAAGUGACUGAGAGGCAGAAUGUGACCUUCCUAUGCGAGGUCAACUAUGAGAAUGUGGACGGGCGCUGGUACAGAGACAACACCAGGGUCAAACACGGAGACAACGUCAAGAUCAGCCAUGAGGGUAAAACUCACACCAUGUGCUUCAAGUCUGUAAGGCCAGCAAAUGCUGGGGAGAUCAAGUUCACUGCAGACAGGGUCUCGUCCUAUGCAAUUCUCACAGUAAAAGAGCUGCCUGUGCAGAUAGUGAAGCCUCUGAGAGUGAAGAUUGCUAUGUACAAACACAAAGGCCUGCUAGAGUGCCAAGUGUCGCGGGCCAACGCCCAGGUCAGGUGGUUCAAGAACAGGAAUGAGAUCCAGCCCAGCCAGAAGCACCAGAUCGUCAGCGAUGACAUCUACAGGCAGCUCCACAUCCACGACGUGGCCUCCUCUGAUGAGGACACCUACACCUGUGAUGCUGGUGAUGACAAGACAUCCUGUCAGCUGUUAGUGGAGGAGCAGUCUAUCAGCAUAGUGCGGGGACUGAGGUCCCUGGAGGUGACGGAGCCCAGGGAGGCCUUGUUCCAGGUGGAAAUCAGCCUGCGGGCGGUGAGACCCCCCAAGUGGACCCUGGAUGGAGAGGUCCUGAUGGAGGGGCCUAAAGUGAGCAUAGACCAGGAAGGGACCAUGCACACCCUCUGCUUCAGCAGCACAGACAGCUCUAUGACAGGCCCCGUGCAGUUCAACGCCGGGAAGAGCCGCUCUGCCGCACAGCUCACUGUGAAGGAGCGCCCUCUAAAGGUGGUCCAGCCCAUGCCAGACGUGGAGGCUAAAGAGAACAGCUCGGUCACACUGAGCUGUCAAUUUGCCCCCUCCCCCAGGGUGGUACGCUGGUACAGGGGCCGCACCGCCCUGCAAACGUCCAGCAAGUACAGCAUGAAGACGGAGAAGAGCCAGGCAGAGCUGACCAUCCAGGGUCUCAAGGAGACCGACACCGGCCAGUACAGCUGCAUGGCUGGAGGGUCAAAGAGCACGGCUAAGGUCACUGUGGAGGUGCAAAGGCUUAAGAUCAUAAGGCACCUGGAGCACGUAGAAGUGGAGGAGGAUAGCAGCGCCACAUUCACCUGUGAGCUCAACUAUGUGGUCGCCAAUGUGCAGUGGCUCCUGAACGACAACCGUCUUAACGCCAACUCCGUCACCAGGAUCCAAAACAUGGGCACCAUCCACAGCCUCACCAUCAAAAUGCUCCGCCCCCAGGAUAGCAAAGUCACGUUCCAAGCCGGCCUGCUCACCGAGUCCACCUCCCUCAAGGUCAAAGAAAAGCCUGCGGUGUUCCUGAGGUCUCUAGAAGACAUGUCAGGGGAGGAGGAGGGGAAGGUGUGUCUGCAGUGCGAGACCUCUAAGGAAAUGGUCACCCCCAUCUGGAGGAAGGAUGGUACGGUCCUGGCCAGCAGUGACAAACAUGAGCUGCUCAAGUUUGGGAAGUCCUUAGCGCUCAUCAUCCACAGUCUGAGUAAGGAUGAUGCAGGCCACUAUAGCUGUGACCUGGGCACCAGCCAGACCAAGGCCAAGGUCACUGUACAUGACCUUCACAUCACCAUUGCCCAGCGUAUGAAGACGGCCUCUGUUCUGGAGGGCGAGUGCUGCAGUUUCGAGUGCGUCCUCUCUCAUGAUGUCAUCGACGAGUCCUCCUGGACCCUGAACGGUCAACUUGUGGUCAGCAACAGCCGCAUCCAGAGCGUAAACAAGGGCCGCAAGUACAAGAUGACAAUCAGAGAUGCAACCUUGACUGACGCCGGGGACGUUGUCUUCUUCAUCAAAGACCUCAGCUGCAGGACCAUGCUAUUUGUCAAAGAGAAGCCAGUGCAUGUGUUCAGGGACAUGACGAACGUCAAAGCCACCCCAGGGGAGGAUGCUGAGCUGAGCUGUGAGAUCACCAAGCCUGAGGCCUUCAUACGCUGGCUGAAGAACGGCCAUCAGAUCAGGCACAGCCCCCCCAAGUACGAGAUCAGUGUGGAGGACCACCUGGUACGGCUGGUGAUCACAAACACCUGCAUCAGAGACUCUGGGGAGUACUGCUGUGAGGCAGAUGGAAUUGCCACCCGGGCCAAGCUGGAGGUCAGAGAGCUGCAGCACAUGUUUGCACGUGAGCUGCGGGAGGCACGGGGUGAGGAGAAGAGCAAGGUGACGCUGGAGUGCGAGACGAGGUUGCCGGCCAAGAGGGUGACCUGGUUGAAGGGCAUGGCGGAGCUGCGGGCGGGCAAGAAGUAUGUGAUGAAGCAGAAGGGCGUGGCCCUCUCCCUCACAAUCAGCUGCCUGGACAAGGGUGACACGGACGUGUACAUCUGCGACGUUGGCACCAUGCAGAGCCGGGCGCUACUGACCGUACAUGGUCAGAAGGUGUUGAUCAUGGAUGAGUUGGAGGACGUUGAGUGUCUGGAGAAUGACACUGUGAUGUUCAGGUGCCGUAUCUGUCCCAGCGACUAUGUUGGGGUCAAGUGGUACCUGGAUGAGACCUUACUGUACAUCAACGAGCUGAAUGAGAUCCAGGUGGUCCCGGGGGGAUACCACAGUUUAACCUUCAAACAGUUGGCCCAUAAAGACUCGGGGACCAUCUCCUUCGAGGCAGGCGACAAGAGGUCCUAUGCCUCAUUGCUUGUUAGAGAGAGACGUCCCACCAUUACCAAAGCACUGGAGGACUGUGAGGCCAUUGAGGGAGGCGGUUUGGUGCUGGUGUGUAUCACCUCUAAACCAUGCCACAUUCUGUGGUACAAAGAUGGCUGCCUAAUGUGGAGCUCCUCAAGGUACUACGUCAGUCGCUCAGGUAAUGAGGCCAGGCUGACAAUCAGGGAGGUCAGUAACAGCGAUGCUGGGGUGUACGAGUGCAGUGCUGGAUCGGUCAGCACCAAGGCCGUCGUCACUGUGAAAGCCAUCCCAGCUGAGUUCACCCAGCAGCUGCAGAGCAUGGAGGUGAAGGAGGGGGAGGAUGUAACCCUGUCCUGUCAGUUCUCCUUGCCAGGGGUUACGUUCCACUGGAGGAGGGGCUUGGAGAACCUCAGGGCUGGAGAGAGGUACCUGAUAAAGCAGAAGAAGUCCCUCAUCUCUCUGACCAUCACCGGCCCGAAACCAGAAGACUCAGGAGACUACACUUGUCAGUGUCGAGACCACAGAACCACAGCCACCCUCACAGUCCACGCUAUCCCCAUAUCCUUCAAACAACAGUUGAAGAAUGUUCAGGCUGAGGAGGGCAACAGUUUCACAUUGCGCUGUGAGCUCUCCAAACCAGGAGUCCCUGUAGAGUGGAAGAAAGGAGAGGAGCUGGUGAGGCAUGGAAGGAAGUUUCAGAUAAGGAAGAGGGAGACCAUAUCGGAGCUUCAGAUAUGGAAAGCUGUGCCAGAAGACAGUGGAGUCUACAGCUGCCAGUGUGCAGACCAAAAGACCAUGGCCACCGUCAAAAUCAGCACCCUGCCCAUUACCUUCAAAAAAAAGCUGAGGAACGCUCAGAUUGAGGAGGGGAACAAUUUGGUGUUACACUGUGAGCUCUCUAAACCAGGAGUCCCUGUAGAAUGGAUGAUGGGAGGAGAGGAGCUGCUGAACAACGGAGAGAAGUUUCAGAUAAAGCAGAGAGAGUUGGUGAAUGAACUGAAGAUUCUGGAUGCGAAACCUGAAGACAGCAAUAUCUACACCUGCGUUUGUGGCAAUGUGGAGACCACAGCCGGUGUUACUGUCACGGCAAUUCCAAUCACUUUCAAGCAAAAGCUGAGGAAUCUGCAGACUGAGGAAGGGAUCACCAUCAGCCUGCACUGUGAGCUGUCUAAAUCAGGGGUCCCUGUGGAGUGGAGGCUGGGAGGACAGAUGAUACUGCAAAAUGGAGAUAAGUAUCAGAUGAAGCAGAGAGGUUUGGCACUGGAGCUCAUCAUCAGGGAGGCUCUGCCUGAGGACAGUGGAGUCUACAGCUGUGUGUGUCGAGAUCAGAAGACUAAGGCCACAGUCAAAGUCCUUGCUGUUCCCGCCACCUUCAGAGUGGGUCUGAAGAACCAGGAUGCCCCAGAGAAGGGCAACGUGACCCUGCGCUGUGAGCUGUCUAAGUCUGGCGUCCUGGUGGAGUGGUGGAGGGGGGAGUCAGAACUGUCCCAGGACCUAUCAGGGGGAAAGUACCAGAUCAAACUGGAGGGGAGGAUCGCUGAGAUGACCAUUACCAACGUGCAACCAGAGGACAUAGGAAAAUACAGCUGUGUCACUGGAGACCAGAAGACCACAGCUGUAGUUAAAGUGCAAGCUCUCCCUGUGACGUUCAAGCGCCAGCUCCAGAACGCGAUGAUCAAAGAGGGGGACAGUGGGGAGUUCUGGUGUGAGCUCUCCAAGCCUGGAGCCCCAGUGGACUGGAGGAAGGGGAGAGUCAUCCUGAAGUCUGGAGACAAAUAUGAGAUGAAGCAGGAGGGACGCAUCACUAAACUGCUCAUCCAUAACGUGGAGGAGAGUGACGCUGGGAAAUACACCUGCAAGACUAAAGACACCCAGUCAACUGCUGAGCUGACCGUGAUGGGUCUACCCCCCACUUUCAAAGAACAGCUGAGGAACAUGGCAGUUGAGGAGGGUAAGACUGUGACACUACGCUGUGAGCUGUCUAAACCUGCAGCGUCAGUUGUGUGGAAGAGGGGAGCAGAGCUGUUGAAGAAUGUAGACAAGUGCCAGAUAAGGAAGAAAGAUUUACUCGUGGAAUUGAAGAUUAUCGAUGCGAAUCUGGAAGACAGUGGGGUUUACACCUGUAUUUGUGGUGAACAAAAGACUACAGCCACUGUUACAAUAAAUGUUCACCCCGUCACAUUUAUAGAAGAGCUGAGAAACGUUCAGGUUGAGGAGGGCAACAAUGUGACGUUGCGCUGCGAGCUCUCUAAACCAGGGAUGUUGGUAGAAUGGACGAGAGGAACAGAUCUGCUGCGGAACGGAGAGAAGUACCAGAUGAAGCAGAAAGAUGCAACGUUGGAGCUGAUCAUCAGGAACACCUUACCUGAAGACAGUGGAGUCUACAGCUGCUUGUUGGAAGACCAGAAAACGUUUGCCACCAUCAGUAUCACUGCCGUCCCAGUCACUUUCAAGCAGAAACUAAAGAACCAAGAGGCUCCGGAGGAGGGUAACGUGAUGUUGCGCUGCGAGCUGUCUAAAUCAGGAGUCUCUGUGGAAUGGCUGAAGGGAGAGGAGCUGCUGAGGGAAGGGAAGAGGUACCAGAUGAAACAGGAGGGGAGGACUGCUGAGAUGGUCAUCAGGAACGUGGUGCUGCAGGACGCUGGGGAGUAUAGCUGUGUCACCGCCUGCAAUGUCAGGACAGCAGCUGAUAUCAAAGUUAGGGCCCUCCCUGUAACAUUCACACAAGAGGUCCAGAACGCGAUGAUCAAAGAGGGGGACAGUGGGGAGUUCUGGUGUGAGCUCUCCAAGCCUGUAGCCCCAGUGGACUGGAGGAAGGGGAGAGUCAUCCUGAAGUCUGGAGACAAAUAUGAGAUGAAGCAGGAGGGACGCAUCACUAAACUGCUCAUCCAUAACGUGGAGGAGAGUGACGCUGGGAAAUACACCUGCAAGACUAAAGACACCCAGUCAACUGCUGAGCUGACCGUGAUGGCUCCUCCCAUCACGUUCAAGGUGAAGUUGAAGAACCAGGAAGUCGAGGAGGAGAACAGUGUGACGUUGUCCUGCGAGCUCUCUAAACCAGGACUGACCGCAGAGUGGAGGAAGGGAGAGGUGCUGCUGAAGAAUGGAGUGAGAUACCAGAUAAGGAAGAGAGCGGCAACGAUGGAACUGACCAUCAGGAAAGCAGUGCUCGAGGACACCGGAUUCUACAGCUGUGUUUACGCAGAAGCCAAAACCUCAGCCACUGUCAACAUCACUGCCAUACCUGUCACCUUCAAAAUGGGCCUUAAAAACCAGGAGGCCCCAGAGGGGGGCAUCGUGAACCUGCGCUGUGAGCUGUCUAAAGCUGGAGUCCCGGUGGAGUGGUGGAAAGGCAAAGAGGAGGUGAGUCCUGGAGGAAGGUACCAGAUGAAGCUGGAGGGAAAGGUAGCGGAGAUGCACAUCAAGAACAUCCAACCCGAGGACGUGGGGGAGUACAGCUGUAUAUUCGGAGAUCAGAAGACCACUGCUGAAGUCAACGUGAGAGCUGCUGCAUCAGUCUUCUUUGAGAAGGAGCUAGAGAGCAAGGUGGUGUUGGAGGGGAUGUCAGCGGUCCUCUCCUGUGAGGUCUCCAGCGUUACGGUCCCCGUCACCUGGAGGAAGGACGCCUGCCUGGUCACAGACGGGGAGAGGUUCACUUUGAAGAAGAAAGGCCCUGUUCACACCCUGGAGAUCAGGAAGUUGAGUCUGGAGGACGCCGGGGAGUACAGCUGCAUCACCAGGGGAAAGAAGACCACAGCCAUGCUAGUUGUGAAAGAGCGUGUGAUGAUCUUGUCAGGACUGAAGGACAUGAAGAUCAUGGCCGGGCAGGACGCAGUGUUUGUGUGCGAGCUGUCCCACAAGGAGGUAAGCGAGGGCGAGUGGUGGCUGGGCUCCAGCCUCCUGCAGAAGAAUGAAAUGAACCAGAUGAGCUGCUUGGGCCACCAGCACCGCCUGGUCCUGACCAUGACCACGCCGGAGGAGACCGGGACCGUGGCCUUCGUGGUCGGGGAGGAAAAGACCUCCGCCCAAUUGUUGGUGCUCCCCAAACCCAAAGUACUCAUUGAGAAGAAGCCUGGGGACAUCGUCAUCAUGGAAGGGGAGAUGGCCACUUUAUCCUGUACGACCUCUGACCUCUUUAGCCCUGUCACAUGGAGAAGGAACAGGAUGCCCCUCCUGAACGGAGAUAAGUAUGAGACUCGAAAGGAGGGCAAGCUCAACCUGCUGCUCAUCCAUGACACGGAACCAGGAGACUCUGGGAUAUACUCCUGUGACACUGGUGACAUGCAGAGCAGCGCCAAUCUGACUGUCAAUGAGCUGCCUCCAUACUUUGAAGAUGAGCUGCAGACUGUGGAGGCUGAGGAAGGGGGCACUGCCUUCCUAUCCUGUGAGCUGUCUAAGCCUGCGGUCCCAGUCCAGUGGAGGAAGGGCCGGCUACCUCUCAGGCCCAACAGGAAGUACAAGAUGAGGCAGGACGGCUGUGUGUUUCAGCUACACAUCCUGGAGCUGAAGAAGGAAGACAGUGGCAGCUACACGUGCCAGGCAGGUGGUGUGGAGACCACCGCCUCUGUGACAGUAAAGCCUCCCCCAGACAAGACAGAUCCUCCCAAGACAAUUCCUCCCACAAAGGCUGCCUCUCCCACUACUCCACCAGAAGAGGCCCGAACUGGCCCUCCAGAGCCAAAGAAACGGGGCAUGACCCGGUCAUCCAUUGUGGAGUCAGAGGAAGACCUGGAGCUUGAGGAAAAAGAGACUGUUGUAAACCCAGAUAAGAAACAGUCAUUAAGGUCUAUGGGUAAGGAGACUAAGGUAGACCAACAGGAGAAACAGAAAGUGAAACAGCCAGUAGGUAUGGUGAAGGAUACCAUAGCAGAAAAGACCCAGAAACAGCUAGUACCACCACUGAGGUCUAAAGGGAAGGAGGCAACUAUGGUGAAGGAGUCACAGAUGGACCAGAGGGAGAAAAAGCCAGUGAAACAGCAAGUCAAAGCUAUAGUGAUGGACACAGAGGAGAAAAAGACUGAAAUAGACCCAAAGGAGAAAAAGAUAUUGAAAGAGAUUGGGGUAGACCAGGUGGUGAAACAGCCAGUUCCACCAGCGAGACGAGCAUCUAUAGUGUCUGAUGCUGGGGUAGAGCAUUUAGGCAAAAAGCCAGUUCCACAUGCGACACAAGCUUCUGUUUCAGUUUUGGAUGCUGGGAUAGACGAGGUGAGGAAACUGCCAGUUCCACCAGCGAGACGAGUAUCUAUAGUGUCUGAUGCUGGGGUAGAGUAUGUAGGCAAAAAGCCAAUUCCACCUGCGAGACGAGCUUCUCUUGUUUCAGUUUCAGAUGCUGGGGUAGACCAAAUGGUGAAACAGACAGUUCCACCAGCGGGACGAGCUUCUGUUGUUUCAGUGUCGGAUGCUGGGGUAGACAAAGUGAGGAAACAGCCAGUUUCACCAGUGAAACAAGCUUCUGUUGUUUCAUUGUCGGAUGCUGGGGUAGAGCAUGUUGACAAAAAAACAGUUCCACGAGUGAGACAAGCUUCUGUUGUUUCAGUGUCGGAAGCUGGGGUAGACGAGGUAAGGAAACAGCCAGUUCCACCAGCGAGACAAGCUUCUGUUGUUUCAGUGUCGGAAGCUGGGGUAGACGAGGUGAGGAAACAGCCAGUUCCACCAGCGAGACGAGCAUCUGUUGUUUCAGUGUCGGAAGCUGGGGUAGACGAGGUGAGGAAACAGCCAGUUCCACCAGCGAGACGAGCAUCUAUUGUUUCAGUGUCGGAUGUUCGGGUAAAGCAUGUAGGGAAACAGCCAGUUCCACCAGCGAGACGAGCAUCUAUAGUGUCGGACGCUGGGGUAGAGCAGAUAGUUAGGUCUGUUAGAUCUAAAAAGGAGAUUGAUAUAGAAAUAGACCAUCAGGACAAACAGCCAGUGAAGUUUAUGGUGAAGGAGACAGAGGUAGACAAGAGAGACAAACAGCCAGCAAGGUCUACAGUACAGGAGAUGGAAAAACACAAGAUUGCGGUGGAUGGUAACCAAGGCCAUAUCUCAGAGGAUGAGUCCUCCACUGAGGCCCCCACCCAGGUAAGAGUCAACCAGAAGACCAACAAGCCUGUAGUUGCUGUAGCUGGGGUUCCCAAGGGGCUCCCGAUGACUAAGCAAGUAGAGAAGACUGAACCUGACAUGGAAAUCAGUGUAGAGGACGAACCUGAGAUGCUGGAUGCCGCCAUCAAGAUCCAGGCAGCUUUCAAGGGAUACAAGACCCGCAAAGACAUGCGGCCAAUCUUCAAGCAGGUGUUCAAGAACCAGAACGUUGAGACCAACGGUACCAUCCAGCUAGCGUGUGUGGUGGAAGGGAAGUCCAACGCAGUACGCUGGCUGAAGAGCGGCCAGCAGAUCAUAGGAGACCAACGCCACCGCAUGAACACCUCUGAGGAUGGCGUCUGCACACUGGUGAUCAUCAACAUGUCAGCCAUAGACACUGGGGUCUAUACAUGUGAGGUGGUCAACAAGUUUGGUGUGACCUCAUAUAAUGGCAACAUUACUGUGGGUCAAACUCAAAACCCUCCACCCUCCACCCAGAAGCCUGCAGCCCCAGCACAGCCCUCCACCCAGAGGCCUGCAGCCCGAGCACAGCCCUUCACCCAGAGGCCUGCAGCCCCAGCACAGCCCUCCACCCCUUUUGUGCAUCCAGUCCUGGCCUCUGUUGGCCCUCUCCAGCAAGCCCAGACCUCCACCUCUGGGAAGGAGACUAUGGAUUCUGUGGAGAGUGAGGAGAUCUCCCUGUGGCAGGCCUACAACCUGACCGAGGAGGAUCCCCGCAAUACCCUGCAGGAAAGGAGGAGAGCCUCACUCAUCUCCGCUAGCUCUAUGUCUAGUCCCUCAGACUACGACACAGCUCCAGAUUUCAUAGAGCCUGUUGACAUCACCCCCAAAGAUCCCUGCAGGGAAAAGGAAGAGGACCAGUUACCCCAUAAGGAUAAAGAACAGAAAGUCACCCCUCAACCACCAAAGAGGCAUUUGAAGGUCAAAGCUACUGAUGCCAAGCUGAGGACUCUGUCCCCGAAACACCACUGUGCCCACACGCCUGCUGCUCUCACAGGUUCUGGCUCAGAGUCAGAUGGUGAAGAGGACAGAAGAGAGACAUUUGAUAUCUAUGUGGCCAGAGCUAACUGCAACUCUCAACAAGGUGGCAACAAGGAGAGCUUUGUGUUGAAGGAGGGACAGUAUGUGGAGGUCUUGGACUCUGUCCACCCUGAGAAGUGGCUGGUCCGUACCAAACCCUCCAAAAACAGCCCCUCACGCCAAGGAUGGGUCUCCCCUGCAUACCUGGAGAAGAAGAGAAAGGAAACAUUCCCACAAGUGAGGACACCACAACAGGAGAUGGAUGGAUCAGGUUAUACAGAGGAAGAGUACAGAAGAACAUUAAGCCAAUUGAUCCAGGGGCUGAUUGAUGGGGAGGAGGAGUUUGUGAAGGAGAUGAAGGACUUUACAUCCCACUACCUGCACCACUUAGACACUAGCCCUCAUGUCCCCAUCAACAUCAUCAACCAGAAAGAAACUAUCUUCCGCAAUAUCAAGGACAUCAUGGCUUUACACGAGAGGUCUAUUCUGCCCAGCCUCAGCGAGUGUUCUACUGAUGAUGACGUGGCCAUGCACCUGGUCAAACACGCAGAGGACUUUCAGAAGUAUCUGCAGUACAUGAUGGGCCAAACACAGGCAGAGGCCUGUGUCACUGACAAGACCAUCCAGCAGUACUUCAAGCAGAACACGAGAACAGAGCCUGAGCACUCCGAAACUGCAGUGCUGGAUGUCAUCACCUUCUUACAGAGACCAGCGGAGAGGAUUCAGACCUACCAGGCCUUGCUCAAGGAGCUGAUCAAGAACAAGGCUAAGUGUGGGAAAAGCUGCUGUCUGUUGGAGGAUGCAUUCUCCAUGGUGUCCUGUCUGCCCUGGCGUUCUGACAACCUGCACCAGGUGUCUCUGAUUGAGAACUACCCUGCCCCACUCACUGCACUGGGAGAACCCGUCCGCCAGGGUCCCUUCACUGUGUGGGAGGAGUCUCCUGAGAUUAAGACGUCCUCCCGGGGGCACCAGAGGCAGGUGUUUCUCUUUAAGGACUGUGUCCUCCUUUGUAAGCUCAAGAGAGACCCCGGCAUGAACUCUGACACCUACGCCUUCAAGAACAAGAUGAAGCUGAAUGACGUGGAGGUGAAGGAGAUGGUGGGGGGAGAUGAGAAGUCCUGGGAGCUGUGGCAUGAGCACCGCGGCUCAGUGAGGAGGUACACACUGCAGGGUCAUUCCACCUUGCUCAAGCUGUCCUGGCUCAAAGACCUGAGAGAGCUGCAGCAACGCUCCAGCCUGACUACUUCUAGUCCACCAGAGUUCAAAGUUCUCCUGGCUGACUGCACAACAAAGAUCGGGCAGACAAUCAAAUUGGCAUGCAAAGUCACAGGAACACCCAAACCAGUGGUCAGCUGGUUCAAAGAUGGCCUGGUCCUAGAGGACGGCCCUCACCACAUCAUCACUGCAGACCGGACAGGAACCUGCUGUCUCAUCCUGGACGGGGUCACUCCCAAGGACUCUGGACAGUACGUGUGCUAUGCCUCCAGCCCCGUGGGUCAUGCUAGCACACUGGCCAAGAUGGUGGUGGACGCACCCCCCAGGUUCAUUACUAGGCUGCAGAGUGCAUGUCUGAUGGAGGGAGAGGAAGUCCAGUUUACCUGCUCCACGCACAGCACACCUCUACCCCGAGUCAGGUGGUUUAAGGAUGCCAGAGAGCUGUCAGACCAGAGGAAGUACCACAUAGAGAGUGACGCCCGCAGUGGGAUCCUCACUCUCACCAUAAUGAACCCUGGAGAGACAGACCUGGGACAGUAUGAGUGUGAGCUGUGGAACCAGUUGGGUAGUGCCAAGAGUAAAGCAGAGCUGUGCGCCGCCUUCACACAAGUGAUUGACAGUGAGCCUGACCAACCACAGGUCCUCUUGACCAACGGUAGGAGAGUUCCACCCAAUCAAGACUCAGAUGGCUGGUCCACUGCCAUGGUGAAGCAAUGGCUUCAGACAGAUUUCAGCCCCACAUCUAUCGUCAAAAUGCUCUUCCAGCCUGGAUAUGCUAAGCCCGCUGAGGGUGGCCCAGAGGAAAGGGACCCCACCACCAGAGGCCAUGUGGAGGUGCCCCAGUUCCCCAAUGAUCUUGAGGAAAGACCAGAGGUUGAGGAGGAACUUUAUCUCCCUGAGACCAUACAGGAAAUGCCAACAGCUCCUCCCUCUACUCAGGUGCCGGCAGAGGACCUAUGUGUGGAGUCUGGCCAAUCAGCUACCUUCACCAUCAUCAUCACAGGAAGGCCAACCCCCGAGAUUCAGUGGUACAAGGAUGGAGAGGAGCUGUUGGCCAAUGAGAAUGUGGAGGUGGUCCAGAAUGGUGCACGCUGCUCUCUGACUGUGCUGUACCCGGAGAGCGAGGAUGGUGGCAUCUACACCUGCUGGGCCUAUAACGACUCCGGACACACAUCCUGUCAGGCUCAGCUCACAGUGGAGGAGGGUCCACUGGAGUCGCAGGAGAGAGAGGUGGAGCUUGGGAAGAGGAGGAAGCUGCUCUCUGUGUAUGACGUCCAUGAGGAGAUAGGGAGAGGCACAUAUGGGGUGGUGAAGCGGGUUACCCACAGGAGGACUGGUGAGGGCUUUGCCGCCAAGUUCCUGCCCCUGAGGAGCAGUACGAGGACCAGGGCCUUCCAGGAGAGAGACCUGCUCUCCCGGUUGGCUCACCCCAGGGUGUCCUGUCUGCUGGACUUCUUCUCUACACGCAGGACCCUGGUCCUGGUCACUGAAGCCUGCUCUUCUUAUGGUCUUCUUGAUCAUCUGCUGUUGAAGGGAUCGGUCAGUGAGAUAGAGGUGCAGAUGUACGUUCAGCAAAUCCUGGAGGGAGUUGGUCACAUCCACAGCAUGAACAUUCUUCAUCUGGACAUCAAACCGGACAAUAUCCUAAUGGUGUUUCCACCCAGAGAGGAGAUCAAGAUCUGUGACUUUGGCUUCUGUCAAGAGAUGGACACUUCCAGACACCAGUAUAGCCAGUUUGGCACUCCAGAGUUUGUAGCACCUGAGAUCAUACAUCAAGACCCUGUCACUAUGGCAAGUGACAUCUGGUCCAUUGGUGUUGUGGCGUAUUUAUGUCUGAUGUGCCGCUGUCCAUUUGUGGGGGAGACGGACCGGGCCACUCUGCUGAAGGUGGGGGAGGGGACACUGAACUGGGACGCACCUGACCUCAUCUACAGGAGCACAGAGGCUCAGGACUUCCUCCGUAUGGUCCUGCAGCCAGACCCAGAAAAGCGACCAACUGCAUUUGAGUGUCUGGGGCAUGAAUGGUUCCAAAGCGAGGAUGAAACUGAUGUCAUCAACACAAGGGCUCUGAAAGUCUUUAUCUCAAGGAGGAAAUGGCAGCGUUCUCUGACCUGCCUGGGCUCUGUCCUCACCCUGAGGUCCAUCCCAGAGCUGCUCGAUGCCCCUCCUCGGGAGACCUCUGUCACAGCCCCGCGGGCCCACGAGCCCAGCAGCACCUCAAUGAGCAGCGGCUCCUCCUCGGAGUACGACGAGGCCGACGCCUGGGACUUCUUCCACCACUGCACCACCACAGAGGAGGAUGAAGAUGAGGAGGAGGAAGACUUCGAUCUCCUCAUGGAGAGAGCCAGGAUCCCUGAGCCCUUCGCCAAGCUUAAAUUGGAUGAAGAGGAGGAGGAGAGGAUCAUGGAGGAAGAGGAGAUGGGAGGACAGAGUAUCAUGCUAGAAAGGAGCAUAAGCAGGCAGUCCGUAGGGUCCUCGGACACCUCCAGGCAGCCAACCCCCCAGAGGGAACGGAGGGUCAGCCGAGACAGCAGCCCAUCCUUGUACUUCUCCGAGGGUGAUGACAGCUCCGUUUCCGGGAGUGAAGGAGGGCGCAUCGCCAGGAGCAGCCUGAUCCACAGCACCUUCUAUGACAGCUCCGCGCAGCUCUCGCCCAUGUCCGCCCGCCACAUGACCCUCAGGGACAAGUUCCAGGCCAAAAAACAGGAGAGGGGCCGCAAACCGCACCGCAGCAGCCUCUCUAGCCGCCUUAACGAGCCGCUCAUUGAGUACAUGGAGGACGAGGGAGAUACCAAUCACGGGCAACGGCGAGGGUCUUUGCAGUCGUCCAUGCUCAAGUCUUGCUCCUUCGACAGCGGGGUCGGCCUCUCGCACAAUGCACCCCCGCACAGGAGGAGCAGGUCGUUGGACGACUACUCCCGACGCUCACCAGGAUCCGCCAAACGCAGUGAAGAGGAAGGUGCUUUGAGUCUUAAGGAGGAUUUCACUGAUGAAGAGGAGGAUAAGAGCUUAGUCGUUGCCCCUCCCCAGAUCAAAGGUAGAAGAGGUUCAGUGGCAGUGGCUCCCGCACAGCUUAUAGCCAAGCUUCAGAAACUGGGUGCAAAAUUGCCCCAUGCUGGUCAAGAAAAGAGCUCUAUGCCAGAGCAGGGGAGACCAGGGAAGGAGGAAGUGGAGAACCUGGCUGGCUCGCAGGGCUCCCUGGCUGAGUCCUUCAUCCUCGAGCAUGGCUCUGAGGCCUCCAGCAGGCUGGGCUCCUGUGAGGAUAUGUCCCACGGACGCCCUUUUGCCACACAUAGAGGGAGAGCAGGGAAUGAGUAUGAUGACCAGGAGGAGCCCCUGAUCACCCCGUCCCCUUGCUCCCUGCUCCAGGCAUCUGAGGUUGAGGAUGCUGAGCAGGAGCCCCAGCGCCAGAGAGGCCAAAUUCAGAUCCCACCAAGAAGGACAACACACCCCAACCAGAACCCAACGGACAGAAAUAAGGGUGCGGUAGAGAGGAAGGUCCUGCCGGUGAAACCCAGUCCCAGUCUGUCCAUCAAGGCCCCAGAGAGGCCCCAAGGGCCAGAGACAAAGGCACGACUCCAGAGGCAUGCUUCCACACCUGCCCUCGAGGCCAAACCGCCCACGGGGAAGUCUCCUAGGAUGUCACCCAAAGUUGGGUUAAUUAAUCUGUUCCGCAGGCAGUCCUGGGCAGGGCAUUCCUACUCCCAAUUGGAGGGCGCGGAGCAGGGACCCACACUAGGGGAAUUGGAGCCCCAAACCCCCACCAUGUCACUAAAGAAAAAGAUGAGGGCAUCAGCCUCUAGCCUCACCAAGCUGUUCACUAAAUCGUCCAGCAAGGAGGACUUAACGAAGGGAGGGCCGAUUGUAAAGGGUUCAUAUCUUGUUCCGCCUGAGCAAGAGGCAAGCCCUGGCUUGGAGAGCCCAAAAAAGAAAUCCAAGUUCUUCUCCUUCAAAAUACCCAAAAUACCUGCAUUCAAAAAGAACACAGAAAUGCCUAUCCGCCCCACCAGGCCGGAUGUGCACCAGUUGGAGGCAGGUGGAUUUCUAUUGGUAUGGAGACCAAUGCAGUCCAGCGACCCAGUGGUUUACGGUGUUCAGUACAGCACAGAUGGUGUGGAGUGGAAGCUCCUGUCGGAGGAGGUGACAGACAGUUGCUACGUGGUGAAGGACUUACCCAGAGGAGCAGGGUACGUGUUCAGGGUUGGCUGCAUCAUCAAGACAGGCACAGGACCUUUUAGUGACCCUUCUCCACCUGUUGUUAUGGCAACCCAUCCUGAAGAGACCCACAUUCCCCUCAUCCAGACAGAGUCCCCAGGUUCAAAGGGCAGUACGUCAGGAGGUCAACCUAGCCACAAGACCUACAGCUUCCUCUCGGAGAUCAACAGGGGCCGUUUCAGCGUGGUGACCCAGUGUCAGGACAGCCAGAGCCAGCAGCUGUUUGCUGCCAAGAUCACCCCCUGCAGGCCAGAGAAGAGACAGCUGGUGCUCAGAGAGUACCAGCUGCUGAAGAGGCUCAACCACCCCAACCUGGUGCAGCUGCACACAGCGUACAUAACCCCUUACUACCUGGUGCUCAUCCAAGAGCUGUGUGCCGGCAGAGAGCUGCUCUACAACCUGGCUGAGAGACACCUGUAUUCUGAGCUCCAUGUAGCAGAGUUGCUGGCUCAGAUCCUGAGUGCCGUGGACUACCUGCACGGCCGUCGCGUUGUCCACUUGGACCUCAAGUCAGACAACAUGCUGGUGACGGACUGCAACAUGCUGAAGAUCGUAGACCUGGGCUCCGCUCAGUCCUUCACGCCCGGACAGACACUCAACAUAGAGCAUAUUCAGGGACAAGAGAAAGUUUACAUUGUCCUUCCUAAAGCUCCGGAAAUCCUUGACGGACAAGGAGUCGGACCUGAGACUGACAUCUGGGCUAUUGGGGUGUUAGCAUUUAUAAUGUUGAGUGCAGACAGCCCGUUCCACUCAGACCUCAACUGGGAGAGGGACAGAAACAUCCGGAAGGGGAAGAUCCAGUUUGGCCGAUGCUACCCUGGCCUGUCAGAGGCAGCAAUCACCUUCAUGAAGAACACACUGAGCAACAAGGCCUGGGCCAGACCCUCAGCGGCUGAGUGCCUCCAGAUCCCGUGGGUACGGGGUGAGCGGGCCACCUCCAAACACAGAGACUCCAUCUUGUGUUUCUCCACCGACAAGCUGCAGGCCUUCCUCAAGGAGAGACAGGUGAAACGAGACCAGGUCCGCACCAAGCUGCAAGGCCCGUUCUUCCAUUGAUCUGCUCUUCCAGUAGACUGUUAUGAAAUACAUGAACUGGACUUGGAUGCCUCUUCAUAGCCCAGAUCCUGGUCACAAAUAUGUGAUGUCUUACAAAUGUUAACCUAAAAUGGAAACUGGUCAAAUGUGUAUGUAUUAAUGGCUGUCUAAAGUUAAGUGUUUGUCUGAAUGCGUUUGGCUUUGGUUGAAUUACAGCGUCAUAAUAUCAGGGAAAUGUUUAGUUAGAUGCUUUAUGCAAAUACAGUUGCACGAGUUUGAAAACGUGAAAACAUUGUUCCUUUGAGUUUGCGGCAUUGGACAUGACAAAAGUUAAUAUUUCAUGAGCUAGAUUUGUAGAUUUUGUGAUUUAUUAGCCAAAGCGACAGAUAAGAGGGUUCAUGUGCCCAAAGCAUAGCAAGGGCCCCUACCAGCAUAAAGCUUUGUCUCACAGAGAUAGGAACGUUGAAAUCCCUAUCGGUACAUACAUAUAAACAGAUAUUUAAAUAUACACUGUAUAGAUAUUUAGGAGUGAAAUAUUUACACGAUUGCAAUGUUUGACAUGUUUUCAAUUGUCUUGUUAUAUUGUGUAAAUGGAGAAUAAGACCAUGAGUAAAUCAAGCAUUUUUGAUGAUCGUUUGAUUUCAUUGAGUAUUCCUGUACCUUGUGACAGGUGAUGUAUGCACUGAAAGACAAAUGAAACAGUAUGAGUGGUAAGUACUUUUUAUUUGUCUAGCUCCGUUGCAUACGCUACAAGAGACACACAUUUGAUUUUCUGCAGAUGGAUGGCUACAGUAAUUGACCUGCGAGUUAAACUGACAACCUCUGGUCUGACCUUUGACCUAUUAAAGCUGUGUGUUGA